AUGAUGAAGUGGACAACGUUCGCCGUUUUCAUUUUUGCUUACGAUGCCAACAUCGAUCCAGUCAUGGCACGAAUCUAUCGAGCUGUUUUACUGAAAUCGAAACGUAGCCCGUCAAUGGGUUUGUCGUUGGCCGAAUACAUGGCGUCACCACAAGGAGGAGACAAUUUCCAUUUUAUUCCAUCAGGACGAAAGUAA